AUGAAGAGCUUCGUCGGCGUUGCGGCCGUCGGCUGCAUGCUGACCGGUGCGAAUGCCUUCCGCAAAGGCGCUUUGAAAUGGAGCAGGGACCAGGACGAGUCCAGCUGGUCACCCGCCCAGGAGACAAACCUCGCCUACAUGCCUCUGCUCGCCGGCGUCCAUGUCGGUGUCGAGGCGCCUGCGCCCACGCCGGCCCCGGACGUUGAGAUUAUGAACCUGCGCAAGCGUACGAGCACCGACAACACCUGCGCCUACGUUGGCGGAGACAUCAACACGCCUCUCUACUGCAACCCGGACUCGGCAUGUGUCUACAACUCAAUCAAUUCCAAGAUCGGCUGCUGCCCGGACAGCUCGACCAAGUGUCCCGUCUGGACCACCUGUCUUGACUCGUCCGAGAGGAGCAGGUACACGGACACGACCAAUUCAAACACCUUGUGGUGCGGCUCGUCCGCCUACCCGUCAUGCGUGACCCAUAUCUAUGCGGACAAAGUCUUCUCGGGCUACACCCUGUUCGGGUGCGCCAGGAAUCUGGACCGCACUGACACUGUCUACUACCAAGCCACCGACAGUUCAUCCAGCCGCACCAUCAGGGGCACCACCAAGUCCGCCGUGUCCGACCCCACCACUUCCGACCCCAAGACGACGCCCAGCCGCAGCACGACCCCGACCCCGACCCCGACCCCGGCCCCAGAUGGCAAGUCCAACACGGGCGCCAUCGUCGGCGGCGUCGUCGGCGGCGUGGCCGGCCUCGCCCUCAUCGGCGCCGCCAUCUUCUUCUUCAUGCGCCGCAGCCGCAAGAACAAGAACAUGCAGGGCACGCCCUUCCAGCCGCCGCCGCCGGGCCCCAACAUGCAGGGACCCCCUCCGCAGGGUCCGCAGAGCAUGUACGGCGCGCCCCCUCCCCCGCAGAUGGCGCAGCAGCAGCAGGGCUACCCGCCGCAGGGCUUCGUGCCCGUCGACAACCGCGCCAGCAUGGCGCCCUCGGCCUACUACGACCCCAGCAAGACGACCCCCGUCAGCGCGCCCGGCAGCCCCCCGCCGCAGCAGUAUCCCUACGGCGCCACGCCGCCGCCGCCCGGCCAGCAGCCCUCCCCCGGGCCGUACGCGCCCUCGAGCCCGACCGGCACGGCCUACAGCCAGGGCAACGCGCCGCCCCAGAGCGCCGUGAGCCCGAGCAACACCAGCCCCGGCAUGGGCUACCAGAGCGGCCCCGUGCCGGGCUACGCCCAGGCCCCCGCCGGCCAGGGCCAGGCCCACCCGCACGAGUUCGCGGCCGAGCUGCCCUCGGAGCGGUCGGACCGGGAGCUGAGGGAACUUGCCUGA